AUGAUCGUGUUGCAGGCCGGCGAUUACGGUCCCGAAUACCCCGAUCCAAACGGUCAAUGUGCUAAGGAACUCGAGGCUACGAAGCAGUACAUUCUCGGUACAGGCCGCGACCAGCUUUUCCAAGACGCGCGGUGGAUCGUCAAUCAAGUCUUCGAUCAUCCCAAGAUCAAGAAGAACCCCAAGUUCCGGCUCUUUGUAGUUGGCUACUUCCAGUUCUUCUUCGACGAGGGCGGCGAGGGCGAUUGGUGUAGUAAUGUGAGCUUUGGUCUGCGGUCUAGUGAUCGUCCGAGGCUUAGUCUUGCUUUGCGGAAGCGCAUCAAUGCGCUUAUUCGCUAUCUGAACAAGACCAUCGAGGACGGGGUGAAGGGCAGCUUUCAUCCGGAGCGGGCGACCUUUGUCGAUACAGACCAGCAUCUGGAGGGUCACCGUUUCUGCCAGCCUGGUCACACGCUGUAUGACCAAUACUUCGGCGACAAUGUCUAUUUGUGGAACAUGUCCCCGAGCGGUAUCUUCAGUUGGCAGGACGAAAUGGUGGGAGGUAUAGACGAUGGCGAUGGUAACGCAGAGGAGGGACGCCAGCCAACCCAAGCUGAGUUCGAGCGCUGGCUCGAGACCGGUAGAUUUACGGACGACCCUCGCGAGAUCGAAUUCAACCUGACUGCCGCGCUUCAGUCGGACAACGAUGUAGCCGUCGCAGAAGAUCCAGACAACCUGCAAUGGCUCGAUAUGAUCGGCCCGUAUCAGCAGAACUACCCCGGUUUGACACUUCGACCUUUCCACCCCACCAAGAGCGGCUACCGUGCGAUGGCCAAGGCGAUCAUGGCGAAAGUGAAAGAGAAGCUUGAGAUCGAUUACCCACCCAAACCUACGCCGGCUCCGACCCCAUCAAAGCCGAAGGCGACGCAUUCGAUCCAGAUCUUGCUGGCCAGCUACGGUGCUAGCAGGUGGUGGAAGGUCCACCAGGGCCCGCAAGGUGUGCCAGUCAGACUUUGUGUCGACGAUGGCCGCUUCAAGAACGCUGUCGAUGACGAAGACAAGUUCAAAAAGGACAUGUAUCAGAACGACGCCAAUAUCGACGACCCACCUUAUGUGAAGGCGGGCAAGACGUGGCCUCUCAAGAUCGAUGGUAAGGAGGACUGUUACUUCGAGUCUAGCGCCGACGGACCUGGCUUCCUCAAGUGCGGUGAGGACCUGAAGCUGGAUUUCGCGGCCGAUCCGCAAAAGGGUGAUACAACUGUGGCUUGCGGAGCGGUGCAGGGUCGGUUCGAUAAUGUGAGGCUGCACCGAGCGUGGUAUGUUGAGUACUAA